AUGUCGCGCAUCCCCUUGUUCAGGCAUACCUGCUUUAGACAUACCACUCCACCGUCUUCGAGGGUAUUGACCAAGAAACCUUUUUCAGAGAUGGUUACUCAGUCCAAUGGAAACGCAGAACCACCAUCUGCGACCGCGACCUCACAGCCCACGACUACCGUCACGCUAUCCCCCUCAUAUCUCUCACAAACAGCCACUCCGUCGCGUCAUCUUCAAGACCCUACAUCAUCUAGAAAACUUCUCGUUCUAGACCUUAAUGGGACCCUGCUUUUACGACCAAAACGCGGAAAGGGAAAAGCAAAGGAAGAAGAGGGAGUGUUGGGACCUCGUAUACGACCCAUCCAUCCUCGACCUUACAUCCCAACAUUUCGUGAAUAUCUAUCGCAUCCCAAGACGCUGUCGUGGCUUGAUACAAUGGUAUGGAGCUCCGCACAACCUCAUAGUGUGAAACGCAUGGUGGAAAAAUGUUUUUACACCGGUAGCGAAGGUAGCAGGUGUUUGAAGGGAUUAUGGGCGAGAGAUAUGUUUCAUUUGGCACCGGAACUGUAUGGAAAGAAGACGCUCACGGUAAAGGACCUCACCCUCAUAUGGUCUAAAAGUACCUUCGAAUCGUCACCUUCGUUGGUUACCAUGCUCCCCAACUCAAGACAAUCCUUCUCUCAUUCAGCAGAGACAACGGUUCUACUAGACGAUUCACCGCGGAAAGCACAGUUGCAACCGUGGAAUCACAUCUGUAUCAAGGAAUACGGAGUUGGAAUACGGAGGGCGGAUUUAGACGUUUGGACGAGUUUACGACACACUUCGAGGAAACAGAAGGAGAAGAAAAAUAAGGAAGCUGGGGUAAAACACGGAGUACAAGAAGCAGUCGUAGUCGAUGUCGAUUUCACGGUUUCUGAGAUUGUGCCUCCGAAAGUCGAAGGCAGAUUCGACGAGACUUUACUCGCGAUCAUUGGGCUGUUGGAGACAAUGAAGCAUGAGAGUAAUGUCGGGGCUUGGAUUAGGAAUGGAGGUUUACUGUUUGGUGGGACGAAUCGCUCGGAGACGGAGACGUCAGGUUCUAGUAUGUGGUUCGAUGAUAUAGAUGUUGCCAGCGGUUGGGCACGCAAGGGGAAAGAUGCAGUCCACGAACUCGGGAUCGAGCUGGUCGAUGGAAUUCAUGGCUGA